AUGGACACAUCAACACCAGAAGAAGGCAAAUUGAGUACAAAGUUGAGCAGCUGGGUCAAUAAUUCGCUUAGGCGCCAUUCCACUAUUGAUAGGACUUUGCAUUAUUUAUUAGAUUCUGGUGGGAGCGGAUAUCAAGGUACUUCAGCUGAGGAUGUAAGCUGGGUGCUAGGGGAAGUAUACGAAACAGAGGAAUCGUUUUUAAGUGAUUUUCAGUCGCGUAUUUGGUGUACUUAUCGCUCAAAUUUCACUCAAAUCAAUCAAAAUGAUCCAAUGAUGAGGGAUCUCGGUUUAGAUGGGUUAUCGACCCAUUCAUAUGGACAUACACCCAAUCACGCGCCAACACCAACACCAACACCCAAAUCAAGCCAUUGGCUGUUGAGAGAGCGCACCUAUAACUCAGAUCAGGGCUGGGGAUGCAUGCUUAGAACAUCACAAUCACUUCUCGCUAACACGCUUCAAAUCCUUUCCCUAGGAAGGCACUGGAGAAGAUCAAAAUACUUGAACCUUUCCGAUUAUUCUCAACGAAAAGAAUACGUUAGACUGGUACGUCUGCUCAUUUUAUUCAUGGACAGUCCUUCACCGUUAUCGCCAUUCUCUGUACAUCGCAUGGCAGUUGUCGGUAAAAGCUUGGGAAAGGAAAUCGGAGAAUGGUUUGGUCCAUCCACAGCUGCACUCACUAUUAGACAUCUCGUCAACAACCAGCACGAUGUUGAUUUGUCAGUCAGUGUGGCAUCUGAUUCAGUCAUCUACAAGUCAGAUGUGUAUCAAGCGUCAGGUGCAAGUACAGAAUGGGGUCACAAACCUGUCCUCAUCCUUGUUGGAAUUCGAUUAGGUUUGGAUGGUGUACAUCCACGCUACUACGAAACUCUCAAAGCAUUCUUAAGGAUCAAGUCAUGCGUCGGUAUAGCAGGAGGCAGACCGAGCAGCAGCUACUAUUUCUUUGGGUACCAAUCAGACUCUCUGUUCUACGUAGAUCCACAUAUGAUCAAGCCAGCAAUGACGACAAGGGUACCGCCGAGUGAAGCUGAGCUUAAAACUGAGAUAGAGUCGUUGCUGCGGUGCAACAGUGCAUCAUCUGGUAGUACAUCUGGUAGUACAAGUACAUCCGACAAACAACCCGGCACGAAAAGUACACCGAGCACACCCAACACCACACCAACAAAGCAUCUAUCCAAGAAUGGUCAUAGGCGAAGGAAAACGUCGAUGAUGUUGGGCGGAGUGACCAACAAGAAUAGGAGAAGGUCAUCAUCUUCUGCUACUCUAGGAGAGGAGGGGGAAAUAGAGGAUUGUUUGCCGUCUUCGAGCUCACAAAGCUCACAAGAUGAUAGUGUUGGUUGGAAGAAACUUUCACAUUUUCCAUCGACAUCCUCCCAUUCGGUACCUCAGACAAUACCAGAAUCGUCAUCGUCAUCGUUUAUAAAGGAUAUACCUAAUUUGGAUGAGUUAAGCGAUAAGUGGUACAUAGAUACGUACAGUGGAUCAACGAUAUCAUCGUACUUUUGCGAUAAACCGCGCAAAAUGAACAUGAAUCAGAUGGAUCCAUCGAUGCUACUAGGAUUUGUAGUGAGAGAUGGAGAAGAGUUUGAUAGGUUUGUGAGGGAGGUGAGGGAGUUACCCCAGCAAAUUUUCUCAGUUGCGGAUGCACCGCGAUCAUUUGGAGAUGAUGAAGAUGUACAGAGCAUUAGUAGUAGUAGCAGUAGUAGUAACGUAGGUGCAAGUGUUGCACAAGCCCAGGACGAGGAGUGGAGCAACAUCAGGAAGGAGAGUAUGGAAGAAGAAGGGGCGGAGUUGGUAGAUAGGAUGAAAUUAAGCGAUAGAGGGAGUAUGUCUAGUCUGGAAGACUGUUUGAUAUCGAGGUGA